AAAUAGCGCUCUCAAAUAGCUUUUCAGUUCCAGACCGUGCACAUUUUACAGUUCCGUUCAAGUUUCAAAUCGGAGAGCACGUCAAAUUGGAUCGUUUCGUUUUUCUUCUCAUAGCGUUUGUGUCUUCGGUAACGCGAUAUUCAAAACAUUCCCAAGACGGUUCUUCGUGCAGCCCUUAGCGUACCAUCGCGAAACCAUUGAAAACGCCAUCGACUCAGCGGGGCAUUCACUCGUUUCAAGCAAACACACCGUCAACUGCUUCAAUCUUUUUUUCUUCGUGCUCUUCGCGGCCUUCUUCGUCGAAGCAGCGGUGGAAUGGCGGCUGUUCCUCCACGGCUUGCAUGACCGUCAGUUUCGGCCAACGGUUGAAAAACAAAAGGUGCAAAGCGCUGUUUAAAAUCCGAUAGGCGUCAGACAAGGUUUUUCGGUAAAGUUACGCAAAACAUACGCAGGAUUUUGUUACUGAAUCUGGUGAAAUUUUGUGAUUUUUUUUGGUUCGCUAGGCAAUUUGCGGAUAGUGCUUUAAACAAUUCUAUGCUGCUAAGGGAGAGCUUUUGCAUGAUUAUCUACUAAGUGCUUGGAGGAGUCAAACUGGAAAUUUGUACAGUAAUUGCUAGUGAAAGUGGCCGCAGAAAGUUUAAAAAGUCGUUGGUGUCCGGUGAUAUGUGCAGAAGUUGAUGUCGGCAGAAAUCAUUGCUUGUAGAGACCCGGAGAACGCGAGGAAUGUGAUAAGAUAGAAUGUCGAAUGGCCCCUCUAAGGCACCAUGAGCUCCCCAGUUGGGGAGCCGGGGGCGGCAGCCCGAGCCGCUGCCGCAUCAGGCGACUGCGCCACUUUGGGUCGACUGUUACCAGCGCGGGGACCUGCGCGAUUCACACGAGAUGCCAUGCCAACACCGCCUUACACGAGUGCUCUUGGAAGGGGCACAGUCGUACUGUGCGACUUCUUUGCUCCGCAGGAGCGCCUCUGACUGCAACUAAUGCGGGAGGAUUUGCGCCCCUGCACUUGGCGUGCCAAAAUGGCCAUAACCAGUCCUGUCGGGAACUUUUGCUGGCAGGGGCCGAUCCUGACCUGCGGAAUGGAUAUGGAGAUACCGCUUUACACACUGCUGCUCGAUAUGGGCAUGCUGGAGUUACCAGGAUAUUGAUUUCUGCAAAGUGCAAAGUGUCCGAAAGAAACAAAAACGGCGACUCAGCCAUUCAUAUAGCGGCCGCAAUGGGUAGACGAAAACUAACAAGAAUUCUACUGGAAGCUGGUUGCGACAAGUCGAUCAGAAACAAACAGGCCGAAACUGCACGAGACAUUGCGCUCAGAAAAGAUUUGGGCGACAUUGUCGAUAUUCUCGAUGAGAACAAUUCGCGUGAAAGUCGGAGAAGCAGGAAGGAGAAAACGAGCAAGAGACGGUCGAAAAGUAAAGUUCGUUUCGAAGGAAAAGGCGUCAAAGUUUCAGAUGUGGUCGAUAUAUCGGUGACUGAAGCUCCUCCAAGCAAACCGGCGCCUACCAGCACGAAUAACAAAAACUGGUCUCCGUAUGGUUGCCACUACUAUCCUGAUCCGGAAGCUUUUCCAUCUCCUAACCUGGACUCUUUGCCGCCUGAGCCCCUGAAAAAAGGGGAGCAAUACUAUCUAGAUUUGGCAGGAAAUAUCUGUAAGGGGCCAGUUGGAGUUGGAUACACCUGCUAUUGUGCCCCUCUGUUUAGGCAUUUGGAAGCCAAGCUGGCGAAGGACAAGAAGGAGCUGGUCCGAGCUCAGGUUCGAUUGGGACAAAGAGUGGCUGGCUUGGAACAAAAACUGAAUAGAGGUGGACACGGCCGUCGAUCUGAACGAGUUCUUAACGCUCACAAGGAACCUGAACCUCAAAUGUCCCGUUCCAGAAGCUUGGAAAUGCUGGAUACAGGAGGAAAGUCACAUUUACAAGGAACAAGAAGUAUGGAUGAACUAGAUCCACACGAAUGCGACCCGAAAGGCCCCUCCGUAAAAGAGCUUGUGGCUAGAAUUCAGCAACAGCACCAGAACUCAAGUCAUAACGAUGGGGCUCAAAGCGAGAGCAGCGACGAUGAAGAUGGACCUCUUCGAAUGCCAUCCAGGAAAGGACCAAUGGGUGAUGGAAAUUUGGUUCCAGUGCAAUUGGGACAGUCGCCAGGACCAAUACAUUUAGGACACUACGAAAAUGUGCCUAAUGAUGCCCCGCCUAGAAGUCGAAGUGGAGUUUACAGUCCAACAGGCGAUCCGUCCCUGGUGGAAACUUCUACCAGAUAUAUUGAACCGAUCGUGAAAAUUCAGGAACCUGUAACAAUGAGAUACAACGACCAGUACAAACAGUAUCCACAACCCAGCACCAGUAGAUACGACCCCAUGAACCCUUACCAGCCGGAAAUGCGCUACAAUGACCCCACAUAUCAAGCGCAUUUCUACGAAGACGAGCUGCCGAACCCCACCAAGUACUACGAUCACACGAUCAACGCCCGAUUGGCAAAAUUGCGAGUUUUGGAUAAUUCGAAGGGAUAUCCAGACUCAAAAAACCCCAUUGAGGGUUCUUCCAGAAUGCUGGAUCCAAAUUUUGGCGGACGGGUUCUGGAGAACCCCCAUGAUACGGUGGAUCGAGACACCAACAACGAUUCGGGUUAUUCGACGAAAGUUUAUGGAAGUUCGAAAGGAAACUCUCCGAGUUUAUGCGGACAGAUUGAGGGAGAGUGUCUGGGAGCUAGUAGUUUGGUGUGAAGUUAGUACAAAAUGUAAUAUAACUUGUCAGGUAUAAUUUUUUUUAUUGAUGCUGUUUGCCGUGUUAUCUCUUUUAUGGUUGAAAAAUCCCCAAGUAUCGGAGCGAAAUCAGUUUAAUUAAACUUAGGUGGUUCUAUAGAAAAAUGUUAACCUGGUUUCCUUUUCACCAUCGAGAUUCUCUUUAAAAUAAGUAAAAGUGCGUAAUUUCUGUAGUAAAAUUCAGCUAAACCUCAGUGACCUAAAACUAUUAGAAGCGCAGCAAAAAUCAGGGAGGAUUAUGACUAUCUGAUUUUUAAAAUUCUGUACGUUUCGUUUUUAUCUCCGAAUAUUGCACUUAUACUAUGAUUUUGUAUUUUAAAAAUGCAAGGUUCCUUAGCAAAAAACAUGAUUUUUUCAACAAGCAGAGUGCCAAAAACAUCUAAGUAACUAAUAGGAAAUCUAUGAAGACACUCAUUGAAAAAUGAAUUGGAUCCGAAAGCCAAUAUUUUGAGCAUCUUCCUUAUUGUUAAUAACGCAUUAUCUUGGUGAUCAUGAUUGGUGGAUAAAAAAUUCAUUUUUUAACAUCCGAGAACUUUCAAAAGAGAUUUCGUCGUGCAAAACCAUAUAUAAGAAAAAAUAUUAUUAUAUUAUAACGUUAUGUAAAAAAAAUACUAUUUUCUUCUAAGGAAUUCACUGUUUAACUGACUCCCUAUCUUUUUGUCACACCGUGUGUUUUGCGGGUUUUAGUAUUUUGCUCCCAAACUUUUCCGAAAAGGACAAACCUAAAAAUUGAUUGCAUUUUGUUGUGUUGAAUGAUGUAAAAUUAAGAAUUUGAGAAUGGAAUAAUUCCAAGUGCUUCUAAAUGGUCUUCUGGUCAACUUAGACUAUUCAAUUCAUUCCACCUAAUAAAUGCACAAAAGCUUCAAAUGUGCGAAAACUUUGUGUUUUUCAACGUUUUGUUCGAACACCAAGGCAAUUUUAAUGGUUUUAAGUCAGAAUUUUUUUUUUGAAGCAAGGUAGAUAGUAUCAGAGAGUUUUUGCUAAAAAAUAAAAUAUUGAGAGAGAUAAACCGUACUUUACAAUAGUAUCUAAAAAAUCUCAUCACUCAGUGCCUCGUUUCUGUAAAUUAACCGUAGCUGUAGAAUAUUUAUUAAACCAAUUUAGUGAAGUAAAGCUGUUGUACAUAAUGAGGUUUUGCAACUGUGUACAAAACGUCCUGUACAUUCUACAUAUUGUUGAAUAAUUUGUAUAUUGGAAGAAUAAAGUAUAUUUUAUUAAUUUGA